CGCCCCCGAUCGUCUUCUCCAUUCGCUCCACAUCAAUUUGCCCUAGGAGAGAGAGAGAGAGAGAGAGAGAGAGAGAGAGAGAGAGAGAGAGAGAGCUCGCCCAUGGAGUCCUCGAACCUCUCCACCCUCCGAGAAGAAGCCGCCGCCGCCGAAGACGAAGAGCUCUCCCCUCUUCCUCCUCCCCCUCCUCCCCCUUCCGACUCCGCCUCCGCCUCCGCAUUCUCACCCGAUUCGAUCCCUCCGCGCCCUGCGUCUCGCAGUUUGCUCCAAAAGUAUGCACCACUAGACUGGUCAAGGUUUUUCGACAAGGAAGAAGAUAUUACAAUUCCAGGUUCAAAUGAUGUAUUUCAUGUUUAUAUGGCUGGAUCAGAUGGACCAGUUGUUUUUUGCCUCCAUGGAGGUGGCUAUUCUGGCCUUUCUUUUGCAUUAUCAGCAAGUAAAAUCAAGGAAAAGGCUCGUGUGGUAGCAAUGGACUUGAGGGGGCAUGGAAAAUCCUCCACCGAGAAUGACUCUGAUUUAUCCAUUGAAACCUUAUGCAAUGAUGUAUUGGCUGUUUUGAAGACAAUGUAUGGAGAUUCCCCACCAGCUAUUAUACUUGUCGGCCACAGCAUGGGAGGUUCUGUGGCUGUGCAUGUGGCUGCAAGAAAAGUGAUGCCUAAUAUAACAGGCCUUGUUGUUGUCGAUGUAGUUGAGGGGACGGCCAUGGCGUCAUUGAUUCAUAUGCAAAAAAUUCUAUCAAGUCGAAUGCAACAUUUCCCCUCCAUCGAGAAGGCAGUUGAGUGGAGUGUCAAAGGCGGCCCAUUAAGAAAUGUUGAAUCUGCUCGUCUAUCUGUUCCAUCAACACUUAAGUAUGAUGAAUCGAAGAAAUGCUAUACAUACCGUACUCCUCUUGAAGAAUCAGAGCGAUACUGGAAAGGCUGGUACGAAGGCCUCUCAGAUAAGUUCUUGUCAUGCCCAGUGCCAAAGCUUUUGUUGUUAGCUGGGACAGAUAGAUUAGACAGAGCUCUAACAAUUGGACAAAUGCAAGGCAAAUUUCAAAUGGUGGUUGUUCGCCAUACUGGACAUGCUAUUCAGGAAGAUGCGCCUGAGGAAUUCGCAUCAUAUAUACUGAAUUUUAUAGGUCGCAACAGGAUAGGCCCUCAUGGUGUUGAGAUACCGGGUCUCCUUCGACGGUCGCAGCAAUAGAACGAUACUUCACUGUCUCAAACUAGUAGAGCUCCUCCCAUCGACUACUUCUCCUACAUGCUUCUUGACCGUGUCGUCCUUAGCAAAUAAUCUGCUCCAUCCUGAUAAGCAACUGACAUAGAAAGGAGUGCAGCGGUGCUCUACCUUUCUGGGCUGCACUCCUUUCUGCCACCCCCUACUACUGCCUUCUUCACUUCCAGCAGGCCCACCAGUUUCUCAAGUCCCCCCAUAAGUUCCGUUGCAGUACUUCAUCAUGUGUUUCAUAUUGCAGACCCGACCUCUAAAGUUGGGAAGUCCUUCAGUAACUCGGUAACUUUCAUCCAACGAGAUAUUUGAUUAGGUAGCGGUUGUCGCGGUAGACUGAUAUAAAAGAUGACUCAUCUCACGGCGGAGUAGCGGAGAAGGCCCGAUGGCACAAAAACCAUGCACAAGCGGGGCGAGUUAUAGUUAAAAUAAAGUUCAAACCCCUUUCACGGCAUGGAACUCCCGAAAUGGAUUUUUCAUAGAGCUGCUCAUGGUGUUGAAUGGCUUUGAGCUCAUCUGAUUUAUUCGCUCCAAUUGGUACACAUCAUGGUUUCCUCUGUUAGUUAGGUGAUCUUUCGUAGCGCGUAUCACUUUAGCUGAUCAAAUAGUUGAUCAGUUGUGAGAGAAAUUCUACUCUAGAGGUUGUGUCUAUGAUAUGAAGCAUACAGUGAAAUACUGCAAUGGGAUCUAUACAAGAUUUGAGAAGCUAACGCACCCUGCUGGAGGCGAAGUAGGUGGCGAGGAGAGCAGCAACAGCUGGCGGGGAUCCGACGCAAUCCUCAUUCAUGAGCAUGUUGUCGUCUAGAAGCACGAAAGUGUAGAGGUCUACUAGUUUGAUGCAAACCAACUCUUGCAAAGCUUGUGCAUGAGGUGGAAAAAAGCCCUGUAUUGAGAGAUUUGAGUGUUGAUUUGUUUCAACACAUGUAUCUACAGUGUCUUUUGAAGAGGAUGUUUAAUGUCUUUUAGACUGUUCUGUGAGCAUAUCAAAUGAAAUGGUCUCUUGCACCCUUUUUUUUUU